AUGAGAUGGGGCCUUGCAACUGUUUCACGCUUAUCGCGGAUACGACUCCUUGAGGAGCCGCCGAGGAGAUUGUUCUCAAGCAUGGCAGCGAAGCCUCUGCACUUGCUGUCUGCGCACGAGGCAGUGCGGUUGCUGAAGGAUGGAUCUGUCACACCUCUGCAGAUGAUCGAGGUCAUCGAGGGGCGGCUAUCCCAAACAGAUGCCUUACUGCAUACGACCCCCAUCACCUGCUUCGACCGAGCCCGAGCUCACGCUGCGCGUUUUCAAGUCCCCGAGAAUCCCCCGCCAGGCUUCCUGUAUGGCUUGCCGGUUUUGGUUAAAGAUUCGGAGGCUGUAGCUGGAGUGCGGUUUACAGAGGGCUCGCCUAUCUAUGCCGAUCGAAUCCCCGACAGCAGCUCAGCACUGGUGACCCAGCUUGAAGACAGGGGGGGAAUCGUCAUCGGAAAGACGAAUGUUCCCGAGUUCUGCGCCGGCUCGCAGAGCUUCAAUUCGCUGUUUCCUACGACGGUAUCUCCAUGGGAUGUUCGAACAACAGCAGGUGGCAGCAGUGGCGGAAGCUGCUCGGCAGUGGCAGGGUGCCAGAGCUGGCUGGCAACGGGCUCCGACUUGGGAGGUUCUCUCCGCACCCCCGCUGCCUUCUGCGGAUGUGUGGGCUUCCGCGUCUCGCCCGGACGUGUUCCCCGAGAUGGUGCGACGCCGUCAGGUCCACUGCUGGGCCUUCACAGUAUCAAUGGGCCGGUGGGCCGAUGCGUUCGAGAUGUGGCGCUCUUUCUGGACACCCUGGAGGGCGGUCAGGGAUGGGACUUUUCAGUACCACGGAACCUGCCUGCCGGGGAAACUUUUGAGGCCUCCGCCAUUGCUGGAGCCGAGCAGGGGGCCAAGGUCAGGGUCGGCUUCUCCACGGUGGGCCACACGUACUCCCCGACGGUCGAGGCGUUGUGCCGCAAUGCGGCAGCCUUGCUGGCAUCGGGUACUUCAGUGCAAGAAGUUGCAAGCGAUACCAUCGACUUCAGCAAGGCCGAGGAGGUGUUCUUGAUAUUGCGUGGCAACAGCUUUGCGCAGAAAUUCGCCGAUUUGAUGGCAGAUGCGGAGAUGAAAGCUCUCAUCAAGCCAGAGGUUAUCUGGAAUGCAUCCAUAGCUUCAACUCUUGGUCUGGCUGCCAGAACAGGCGAAGCAGAGGACAGCCUGAAGAAGCAGUUCGCCCAGGUCCAGGAACUCUUCAAGUCGAUCGACGUCCUUUGUGUACCAGCGACGCUGGAUGCAGCUUUUGAUGCUCAUGUGCGCUACCCCACCGAACAGCUUGGCCGGACUUUCUCGAAUUACCUGAGCUGGAUGAUGCCGGCGUGCAUCGUAACGACUUUCUUGUGCCCCGCUUUGGUGCUGCCCUGUGGCUUUCUGGAGGACGGAAGGCCCGUGGGCCUGCAGCUCGUGGCAGCCUUCGGCGAGGACGCGGCGCUGCUGCGCGCGGCAGCCGCCCUGGAGAAGCAGCUCAACCUUCCGCAGGGCUGCCCGGAGCCGCGUCGCGGCACCGCGGAGCUGGGGACCAAGGGCCCCAAAACCGUGGAAGAGGCAGCAAUCCACCACGGCGUGCGUUGA